AAGACGCACGUUGAACAGACAUCCACGGAGCGCAGCGCAACACUGAUGCGCCAAGUUAAGUACCAAAACAAGACAGUGGUGUUGCAUCGUCCUGCACACACACGCCGACGUAACCAGUGUGGAGUACUGUACUGUACUACUGUGGAAGCGAAGAGGAGAACGGCGCGAACAGAGGGAGAGGGGACAGAAUAUGGAUAUUGGUCUUUCGUUAAUCCUUUAUCUCUUUUGGAUAACCUGGGAAUUCUAAACAUCGUGUGGCAGGUUGGAGCAUCCAACAAAGAUUCUAAUUACGGAAAAACAACGAAGUGGAACGAGAAGAAGGAUUUAUAUUUUGUUCUUUCUGCUUUUUUAUUUGGUCCCCCCCCCCCCAACACUUUGGAAUAGUGGGCUUUGGAAUAUAGGGGAUAUAUUGGCGGGUGACGCGUGUGCCCUGGAUAAGCGAGAAGAAUGGCAGCUUGGUUCACUUUUACCAUCGCAUUCAGCACCACUGUACUGACACAGGUAUUUGGAUCCGGUGUUUUUGAGAUCGAUCUACAUGAAUUUAAAAACAGCAAAGGAUUGCUGGAGAAUGGCAACUCGUGCAGGCUCAACUGCAGGACUUUCUUUCGUGUUUGUCUUAAGAACUACCAGGCGGUCGUGUCGCCAGGUGACUGUAUCUUUGGAAAUGCAUUGACACCGGUGCUAGGGACCAACUCCUUUAGCGCCAUGGACGGGGGAGCUUUCAGUAGACCCAUCCGACUACCGUUCAACUUCGGAUGGCCGGGUUCGUUUUCUUUGAUAAUUGAAGCCUGGUAUUCACCUUCAACAGAUCUACCUGUUGACACCAGCAACCCAGAGAUGUUGAUUAGUUUCUUUUCCAUCCAGAGACAGCUGGGCGUUGGGUCCGCCUGGUCUCUGGAUGUUCAGAGCGUCCGACAGACGGAGUUAAGGUAUUCUUACCGCUUCAUCUGCAAUGACAAUUAUUACGGAGAAAGUUGUUCCAAAAUAUGCACGCCGAGGGACGACCGUUUUGGCCACUACACCUGCGACCGCGACGGCCAGUUGUCCUGUCUGCCCGGCUGGAAGGGGGAAUACUGCGAAGAACCCAUCUGCCUCGUGGGAUGCAGUGAAGGAAACGGAAACUGCUCCAGACCUGGCGAGUGUGUGUGCAGAGAAGGUUGGCAGGGUCUGUUCUGUGAUGAGUGUAAGAAGUACCCAGCGUGUAAACAUGGCACCUGCCAACAGCCUUGGCAGUGUCACUGUAAGGAGGGCUGGGGAGGGCUCUUCUGUGACCAAGAUCUGAACUUCUGCACGCACCACCGGCCGUGUGUGAACGGGGCGACCUGCAUGAACACGGGUCAAGGCAGCUAUACCUGUACCUGUCCCCCUGGGUUCACUGGGGUCAACUGUGAGCUGGAGCUGCAGGAGUGUGACAGCGACCCCUGCAGGAACGGAGGACUCUGCACGAACCUGGAUGUUGGCUACAGGUGUUCGUGUCCGCAGGGCUUCGAGGGUUCUCACUGUGAACACAGCCUGCUGACUUGUGCCGACUCCCCCUGCUUCCACAGCGGACAGUGCCAUCAGAAGGACAACGGGCAUAGCUACAUCUGCGAGUGUCCUCCCGGAUACACAGGACUCAACUGUGAGAAGAGAGUGGACAAGUGCACAUCUCUUCCCUGCGCCAACGGCGGUCUGUGUUUGAUCCACGGUGGCGUGCGUCUGUGUAGCUGUCGCUCCGGUUUCACCGGCCAGCGCUGUGAGAUCAACAUCAACGAGUGUGCCGGGAACCCCUGCACCAACGGAGGGACCUGCCUGGACCGCAUCAACGACUACACCUGUCACUGCCCCCAGGGAUACGUCGGACGAAACUGCGACCGCGGCCUGUACGAGUGCUCCAUCAACCCCUGUCUUAACGGAGGGCUCUGCACCGGGGGAAGGGGGCCGGGGAAACCCCCUGCCACCUGUAUCUGUCCCGUCGGCUUUACCGGAUCACGCUGCCAGUUCUUUGCUGUGACCCUGCCGGUGGGUGGGGAGAGGAUCAAUGGAGAGAGCCAAGAUGGCUUCCAGUGGGCGGCAGUUUCCUUGGCUGUAGGGCUGGUUGCAUUUCUGGUGCUGCUAUGCAUGGUUGGGCUGGCUCUACGGCACAUCCACAGGCGGACCGGCAGGGACAGGGGAGAUGGGGAGACCAUGAACAACCUAUCAGAUGUACAGAGGGAUAACCUAAUCCCCGCCUCCCAGCUGAAGAACACCAAUCAGAAGGUUGGACUGGAGGUGGACUGCGAAUCAGAGAAGUCAAACUUCAUCCAUAAGAACUAUCAAUUGGACUCGUAUAGUAACGCAAAGUCGAAGGAGUUGAACGAUGAUACGUCGCAAGAGGAUAGAAGCAAAAGUCAUGUGAUCUAUGACACGUGUUUAGAAGAGAAAAUACCUCUGAGUAGAAUGUACAGUGAAAAGUCGGAGUGUAGGAUAUCAACGAUAUGUUCCUCUCGAGACGCUCAGAUCUACCAGUCCGUCUUUGUUAUAGGAGAGGAGCGGAGGGCGUGCGUCAUAGCAACAGAGGUAUAAGCUGUAUGAAGAAGCGAGGGAGCGAUAGAGGAGAAACACAAUCGAGGCAGAAUUUAUUUUUCUUUUUUUUCUGGAUUGUUUACAAAAAAAUCUGAGAAAAGACUGGUGACUGUUUCUGAUGUCACCUUUUGAUGUCACUGCCGAUGUCACUGCCGAUGUCACUAGUGAUGUCACUGCCGAUGUCACUAGUGAUGUCACUGCCGAUGUCACUGCCGAUGUCACUAGUGAUGUCACUGCCGAUGUCACUAGUGAUGUCACUGCCGAUGUCACUAGUGAUGUCACUGCUGCUCUGGAACACUUGAGAGAUGGCGAGAGAGAGACGAUGAGACAGAGACAGAGAUGGACGAACCUCCUCCUCUUCUCUGUAAACAAACUAAAGAACACUUUAUUGACCGAGUGUUUGUAUACAAAACGUGUCCAGUAGCGGUCAUGAACCUCAUGAAUGGUUAAACAAAUGGUUAGAUCAACUGGUAAAAUGGUUAAAAGACUGACCGAACUUGAAUGUCAGCAAGCAAAACCACAAACUUGAACUGAACUCAUCUGUCCUGGGCAGCAAUGGAGGAGAGACUAGGUGAAACAGGACAAAUGGCCCGGAGCUCGUAGUUGACCCCUGACCUCUCAGUUGACCCCUGCCCGACCUAAUCAUGGGGACUUCGACAGCCAACUAAUCAAAAUGGGGAUGCCUGUGAUUCAAUUGAUCUUUAACCCCUAGCCAGCAUCAUUCACCAGCUAUGCAAGACCCAAGGUCCAGGGUGGAGCCAACUCGCUGAAACUGACCAACCAACCGCAAACAACCGACUGACUAGUUGAUGAAAACCACAGACUAACCACGACAAAAACCUGAGAACGAUGAAUGUCUGACUGAACAAACGUCUCAACUGUCAGUCGCUCCGAACAAACGCCUGGACGGACUUUUCCAGACUUUUUCAUUCCAUGCAAAUGGGUGAAAACAUGCGGCCCAGAAUGACUAGAAGCCUAAACAAGAGUUUCAAUGCUAAAACUAAACACUUGUCUCUCCACGGAGGACUUGAACACCAAAAAGAAAAACACAGGUGGGGAAAAAAAUGUUUUUCCAUCAACAGGAAUUUGGAAGAGGAGGAAACAUCCCAAAUGGAGUCCUAUUCCCUAAAUAGUGCACUACUAUAGACCAGAGUCCUAUUCCCUAAAUAGUGUACUACUAUAGACCAGAGCCCUAUUCCCUAUAUAGUGCACUACUAUAGACCAGAGUCCUAUUCCCUAA